GUGCGUGAUAAUACGUGUCAAAAAUUAUUAUCACCAUCAAAUAUAUUUAUUACUCCAUAAAAAUAAUCAUGAUUAAGAUGUCUUGAAUCAAUGGUAAAAAAUUUUACGCCGGUCAUGAUUAUUUUUCUGUCUAACUUAGUAGACCUUUUUAUGUAUAAUAAUAAAUGUCACUGAAACUUCAAAAGGUGAAAACUUGUUUUCUUAAAUUUAAUUGAUCCGGCUUAAGAUUUUUAAACCGAAAUCAAAGAAUGUCUGUUCGAGUUGCCAAGAAAUAUGUCAUUUAUAUAUGUUUGCCGGUGCUAUUCAUAUUCUUCAUCUACCACUUCUAUUCACCAUGUUCUGUUACCAGUAACAAUAGUGUUAUGAUAGCUGCACAGCGUUAUAUUUUAGGACAAGAUGCUAAAAAGUAUGUUUAUAAUCGAAGCAUGCCAUUAAUUUUCAUCGGAGGUAUGCCAAGGAGUGGCACAACGUUGCUUCGAGUGAUGUUAGAUGCUCAUCCAGGCAUCAGAUGCGGCGAAGAAACUAGAGUGAUACCUAGAUUAUUAACGCUGAAGCAACAAUGGUUGAAGUCUCCUAUAGAAUCGAAAAGACUUCAAGAAGCUGGGAUUAGUGGAGAUGUGUUGGAUAAUGCUGUUGCAUCAUUUAUAUUGGAGAUCAUCGCAAGGCACGGUAAACCUGCUCCACGAUUGUGCAAUAAAGAUCCAUUCACAUUACGUUCUGCCGUAUAUCUUCAUGCUUUAUUUCCAAAAGCAAAAUUCAUUCUGCUUAUAAGGGAUGGUCGAGCUGUUGUUCAUUCUAUUAUCUCCCGAAAGGUUUCUAUAACUGGGUUUGAUUUGAACGAUUAUCGACAGUGUUUGACUAAAUGGAGUGCUGCUAUGUCAGCCAUGUAUUCCCAGUGCCUCAGCUUGGGCUCUAGUAUAUGCAUGCCCGUUCAUUAUGAGCAGUUAGUCUUACAGCCAAAGCCGUAUAUGGAGAACAUUCUAAAAUUCCUUGAUGUUCCAUGGAAUGAUUCCGUACUGCAUCAUGAGCAGUUAGUUGACAAGCCUGGUGGAAUUUCUAUUUCCAAAUUGGAGAGAUCUUCAGACCAAGUCAUUAAACCUAUCAAUUUAGAAGCUUUAAGCAAGUGGGUUGGUCAGAUUCCUGAGGAUGUUGUACGAGAUAUGGCAAAUAUAGCCCCCAUGUUGGCUACUUUAGGAUACGAUCCAAAUGCUAACCCACCAGAUUAUGGAAAACCCGAUUCAUUUGUGUUAAAAAACACUGAUUUUAUAAAGCAAAAUGAAAGGUUAUGGGCAGCUAAAGAACAAGAGCUUCAAAAGCAAAGAGAACUUUUAAGGAAGUCGGCUCUUAAAAACAAGUCACAGACAAAUGAUGCCAAUAAAGCAGAAAAAGUGGAAGAAAAAGACCUGGACACUUGAAGGAUGCAGUAAUUUUUUCCUGAUUAAUACAAUGGACCUACAUAUAUGGAACUCCCAUGUAUCGAAAACUUUUAAUUUGAAUUGAAGAAAUUAUUGGUCAUAGAGCUUCCUGAAUAAUUUCUGGUAUUUUUCUUGUUCUCCAGAAUUCAGGAUUUCUCACAUUAAGCAAAAAGCCAGCACCCAUGCUAAGCAAAAACAAUAUUAUUAAAACUGCUUUUCUAAUUCGAAGUUGUUAGCUGUGAAAUGGAACUAAAAGCAUAUUUUUAGAAUUGCAAUUCUUUCUAAUGUGAGAGACUUUAGUUUUCAGAAGUUAUUGAUUUUUUUUUUUUUUUUGGUUUUAUUGUUAUAAAGAUUAUUUUUGUAACAAAAGAAUGCAUUUUUGUUGUGUUACAAAGCAGUCAGAUGAUUUCAAUAAUUGUUACUAGUUUUAUUCUUACCAUCUAAUAUUGUAUUUAUCUAAAUCCACAAAAAUAAUGAGUUGUAAAAGUUGUUAGUUUUGUAUGUUUUUGGGAUGUAUUGACAAUGUAUAACAGAAUUUGUUUUAUUUUUUUUUUAAAGUUGGAGAGUCUCCGAAAAGGAAAUCAUUAGCGACCCUAUUAAUUAUACGCACACAGAAAAUGAUACAUACCAAGAGAAAAUAAAAGACCAAAAAUAAGUUUUAAAAAUAAAGUGAAUGGUGGUUAAUAGAAUCAACCACGUUGAUGAAUCAAAUCGUCAAAAACAGAACAAAAUGCAGCUUUAUUGAAUCAGCUGCUUAAUGGGAUCAAAACUGUUUUGAACAAACGUGAUUCAUAUAAGCAGCAGCCACUGUACUUUAAAAAUUUCCCUCAUUGGUAUAUUAACAACACUAACAUUCCUAACUUCCUGAAAAUAAAUAUCAGUUGUUCUAUCCCGAAACACUUUAUGUAUAUGCAUAUAAUAAAAGAAAAUAUGAAGCUUGAAACAUGAGAAUACAAGAACGUAAAUAAAAAACAAUAAAGUCAUUUUUUUCUUUUUUAAAUUAGAACUGUUUUAUCUAUGGGAGCAUAAAAAUUAUUAAGAGAAAGGAGUAUGAGAGUCCCUCAAAAGAUUUUAAUUUGAAAAAAAAAAAAAAAAAAAAACCCUCCAGUCUCAAGAAAGAAAACAAAUCCAAUGUUUAGCAACUCUUUGCUUUCAGACCUUUAAAGAGAAAGAAUGCGGAAAAAUCGCCCUCCAGUUUUAAUAUCUUUUUUGGUUUAAAUUUUUCUCCCCCCCCCCCCCCCCCCAUUAACAAACUUCACUGACAUUCUUGAACUAGCACUUUUCUUCUUAUAUGUAUUUCUGUUCUCUUGCAUGUUUUAAUUAUAAAUUUUAUAUAUAACUUCUGUUUAUUUUGACUUUUUGCUGUAAAAGCACAUAUAAACAUUUUUCAUCAUGUCUGAAAAUUUAUAACACAUUCAAAAAGUAUACUGUCAUUCUGACCAAGAAUUACUUCAUGCUAAGGUUAUAAAUCCCUAUGAUGUUUAUGUACAUAAAAUUAUUUUUGUGACAAUGCUUUAAAAAAAAUAAUAAAUUCAUGCUCAUGCUAAAUAAAGAAUAUAUCUAGAGAAAAAUAUAUAGUUUGGAAUCUAGAAGAAAAAAAAUGGUUCCAUGAUUGAAAACUCAUUAAAAAAAUGUUAAACUAAAUUAAAAACUAAUAUUGAAAUACAUUUUCAAUUCUAAAACAGAUAAGUAAGUUUUAAUAAUUAUGUUUGUGUAGUUACAAGGCAGCUUAAAAAAUCAUUGCCUCAUUUCCACAAUUUAAAUGUUUGGUUUUCUUAAAAAUCAAUUCUCAAUUUAUUUCAUUUUUAGUGAGUUAAUUAUUCAAAGAAUCCUUUAACUUUGCUCUUACUACAAUUACUUAAAGUAUAUAAUUCAAUUUAACACAAGUUAAAAAUAAAUUCAAAAACAGGUUGAGCUAAUAAAAAAGCAAUUUAAAAUAUUUGCAAAAGUGAAAUUUGGGUUUGUUAGCACUCAAGUAGCGUUUUAUUCAAACAUAAAAGAUAACAUUGUAUAAAAUCAACAGAUUCCUGCUUUCAGUAAGUUACUGCUUUACAGCCAGGGCUAAGGCAGAAAUACAUGAAAUACACCGCCAACUUAGUCAAUUCCAGCCAAGGACUGCAGUUUCGUGCUUAUUAGCACUCAUCAGCCCGGCUUAGGAAGUGACUGAGCUGGAGGUGGAAAUCCUCUUAAGGAAGCCAAGAGAGCCAAACAAACUGGUAGCUAAUAAGGAAUUAGCACUGACCAGAUGAGUGACCAAAACAUUGGUUCGGUUCAAGUGCUUCUUUGUUACUAAACUCGAAGUUUUUUUUUUUUUUUAAUUUUCAAAUUGGAUAUAUUUUGAUAAUAAUUACGAGUUGAGCUGCAUUUUUGAACUCGGUUUUCCCAUAAUAAAAAAUUAAAAAUGGUUUGGUUCCUUUUAAACAGCAAUUUUUAUCAAUUUAUUCAAAAUAAACAACUCUGAAAUACUUUCCCCUUUAUUUUGUUGUUAUAUGUUUGAUUUCUUUUAAUAUUUGAAAGAAAAAGUUGGCAACUUUUAAAUUUAUCAAAUUAAACCAAAAGAAACCUGUAUCUCAGAACCAGAACAACGUAAAUCAUAUAACCAUUACUUUACAGGAGAAUCGAGAAAUGAUCGCUUGGUGAAUGCAAAGGAUUGCUCUUUUAACACUGAUUAAUUAUUACAAAGGAUUUUUUUAGGAUUACGUUCAUAUGACUUGAUGCGUUAUAGGGUUCUACAUACAAUGCACUAAUAAACAGAAAAUCGCAAUUUUUGGACUUACGUUAGUCUGGCUCAGAGAAAUCCUCAUUCUAUCAUUUUGCAUCCAUUCUUGUAAAAAAUAUAUUGAAUUUUUUUGAAGGUAAAUUCCUCAUUUACUUAUACUAUAGGAACAAAAACAAUUAUACAUCAAGAUUUUUAUGUUUAUUUAACUUUUAUAUAUGAAGGUCCGAUUGUAUUAAAUUUUUCGUGUUCUGUAUUUUUGUGUUAGACUUUUACAUAUGCCAGUAAGAUGGAUCUUCCAGUUCUUUAUGAAAUAUCUUUUUUCAAACGUAUUUUUAAAUGUGUUCACAUAAAUAAUAUUUUGAUGUAUGUUUAAAAGAAAUUACAAAUGACAAUUUAUAACAGUUGGCUGGUUUCUAACUGGUCUUUUGUCAUUUUUACUUAAUUAUUAUGAUACUAGUCAUUAUAUAACAAAAGAUCUGAUUUUCUCUGUCUGGGAAAGCGUCUGUAUUUUUAAUUUUUUAUGAUAUAUAUUUCUAUCAACGUAUAAAUUAGGAAACAGAUUUAUAUUACAUUUAUAUCCUUGUUAAAUUUUCAAACCUACAAUAAACUUUUUUGUUUGUAGUAUCAGUUAUUUUUGUAACCUUUGUAAGUAUUUAUUAAUAUUUUAUUGACAAAAUUUGUUUUGACAUAUCAAAAGAGUCAUUUUAAAUUUUUAUAAAUAAUGAUGUAGUUAAAGAUGCUUAUAUUGUCUUAAAGUCUGUGAAAUUUUACAAAGAUUAAAAGUAUAUUUUUACUUGUAAUUUAGUUAAUUGUUUGAAAUGUUGCAAUAAAAAAACAUAAGUUUGUGGUAAUUUUUUCUAGUUCUGAAUAUGUACAUGUAAAUGAAAAAAAAGAAAAAAAGCUAUAAUUUAUUUUGACAC